GUCUGACUGUACUUUUUUGCUUUCUCUGUGGACUUUCAAUGAGUGUUAUUUUGAAGGCCCGUCACCUCGCUUCUUCCGGCGCCGCUACUGCGCCGGCGUUCCUGCCGCGCCGUCGCCCAGAGCGCAUUCCAACCGCGGCGCGGAGCCGUGGACGCGGAACAUUCCUGCGAAGGCGAGGUUGCGACGCGGACUUACCCGAGCAGCAGGUUGCUUCGUGACGAAAUAAAGGUCGGACGGUUGGGCCCGCUCCAGCCGCACUUCGGCCUCAGGUGCACCGGAACCGGGCAUCUGACGGGACAUGGACCGCGUCAGGGAGACGCUGGAACCGGGACUGUGACGGACUGAGCUCACUUCAAGGGCCAUGGCGGGCAUUUGGAACUUUUGCCGGCGCACCUGCGUGUGCUGCCUCUCAGAGGACGAGCAGAGGUCCAUCGCCGUGGACAAGGAGAUCAGGCGCCAACUCAAGAACCAGAAGCGCAAGGAGCAGCGGCAGAUCAAAAUCCUCCUGUUGGGAACUGGCGAGAGCGGAAAAACCACCUUCAUCCGCCAGAUGAGGAUCAUCCACGGACGGGGCUUCUCGGAGGAGGACAGGAAGGAAUUCACUAAAUGCAUCUUCCAGAACAUCUUCACGGCCAUCAAGGCCAUGACGGGAGCCAUGACCGCGCUCAAAAUUCCCUACUCCAACCCGGACAACGAGUUCUACGCCAGUAAGAUCGAGAACGUCAACACGGUGCAGAUCACCAAGUUGGAGCGAGACCACGUGGACGCCAUCCGCCGCCUCUGGGCCGAUUCCGGCGUGCGGGUCUGCUACAGCCGACGCUGCGAGUACCAGCUCCUGGACUCCACCGAGUACUACAUGAGCCAAUUGGAUCGCAUCGCAGAGCCAGACUACAUCCCCACGGAACAGGACGUGCUGAGAGUCCGAUUCCCCACUACGGGCAUCCACGACUAUUCUUUUACCAUCAAUAAGAUCAUGCUCAGGAUCGUGGACGUGGGCGGUCAGAAGUCAGAGCGUCGGAAAUGGAUCCACUGCUUCGAGAACGUCACGUCGCUUAUCUUCCUGGCCUCCCUCAGCGAGUACGACCAGGUCCUGGAAGAGAGAGACACCAUUAACCGCAUGCAGGAGAGCCUGGCUUUAUUUUAUACCACCAUCCACUCGCCGUGGUUCCAAAGCACCUCCAUCAUACUCUUCCUCAACAAAACUGACAUCCUGGCCGACAAAAUCCUAUCCUCUGACCUGAAGAAAUACUUCCCGGGUUUCAUGGGUAGGAGACAGGAUGCGUUGGAUGCCCAAAAAUACAUCCAAAAGCUGUACCAGCAGCAGACCAAUAACCCGGAAAACAGGGAGGAGGGGAGGAGCUUCUACCCGCACCCCACCUGCGCCACGGACACGGACAACAUCCGCAAGGUGUUCAACGACGUCAAGGAUAUGGUACUGCUCAAGUCUCUGCGGGAAUACGGCAUCUUCUGACAUUGAAAACAGCCGUACGGACGAUUGUCUAUAAGAUGAAGAAGGACGGUGGUAAUGAAGGCCAGCUUUUUUCGAAUACCCGAAGGAGGGACGUUGUUUUCAGUUACUCGCCAAAACACGCCGUUCCCUUGAGGUCUUUUUGUGCAAUAUGAAGUGCUUGUGGCUUUGCAGUGACAGAACUGAAGCUCGAGCAGAUGUGGUAUCAAGCAAUUGGGACACAAACGUUUCCAUGCAUUUUCUUUAUAUCCUCACUAUUCCAGUUGACUUUGGUUGAGGGGCAUGGUACAUGCUGGACUGCUCAACAGCCAAUCACAGUGUACAUAUAGACAACCAUUUCUGUGUCCUGGUUGGGGUUGGGUCACAUCACUUUCAUCAGAAAGUUCCUACGGGUAGCCCAAAUUGUAAUUUUUGUACAAAGUCCUAUGAAACUAACUCGAGGCUUCACUCUUUGCACAUUGUUUUAAAUAGGGUGCACAACUUCUGUACUCCUUGUAUCUUGGUAUACUGUAGCGUUUAAGUAUCAAAACCGCUUUACCAGACGUGGUGACAUUGUCCUUUUCUACUGUACAUCUACAUUUACUGUGAAAGUUCACAAGUAGGAUUCAGGGUUUUUCAGUGUUAAAAGGUUUACUAAGCAGCAGAUUCAAAUUCCUCUAAUUCAAACAAUACAAUCAGUACCAUAGGAAAUGUUUGAAAAUAAAGAAUAGGUCCCAGGGAUGGAAACAGUCACGGACUCAAUACUUUUUGGGGGUUUUGUUUUUAAGAACUGGAAACCAGCCAAUUAAAACUCAAAAGAAGGUUGGUGAUCUAAAGGGAAAACUUGAACAAAUGAAUGGGUUCCAAACAAGAAAACAUGCUUUCCGGUGUCUGUUACAUCCAGAACUUCAUUUCC